CAUACACUGUAAAGUGGCAGAAACACGUUUGACAAACAACCAGAAUGGAUGAGCUGUUUCAGAUAGAUCUGGAGUUUGAGCCAGACGAAUCAAAGCAGAAAAGAGAAGCUCGUCUUCAGAACCUUGUUUCGCAAAAUCUUAGCUGGGAACCAAGAAUACAGGAUUUCGGGCAUUUGACGAAGAAUAAUCAGGUAGUUGCAACCGAUGAAAAGUACUUGACGGAGCAAGCCAAGUUCGCCGCAGAAGAGCAGUACUAUUUAAGAAAUUAUGAGAAGGCAAUUGAAUUCGCUAAAUUGGCCAUUCAACUUUGCUCUUCUAGAGACAAGGACAAUAGUGAGAAAUGCUCUUCUAUACAGUAUCACCGUCUUAGUCACGGCGAAAUGCAAGAAUUAGACGACCUUAUUGUUAGAAGCAAACGAAAAAUAGAGGCGUUACGCUUGUAAACAAAUGCCAAGGGCAUCAUGCGGCCCAAGACAGUGGACUAAGUACGAUUGAUGGCCUUUGGCCAAAGGAAUUUGGAUUCGAGUUACAUCGCAUUUUCCAAAAACGGGCGGUGCGUGAACUGAGGUGGAACAGUAGGUAUUUAGGGUAUAGUAUAGGAUUCCGUGGAAUUCAGGCACACGGUUAGGAUACGGAAACAAUAUUUGCUCUAGCAGCGAUCACCAACCCAGCAACUAGAAAGGUGAUGCGGGGAAACGCAAACGGGAUAGACGAACAGACAUUACGGAGAAGGAAUAACAGGGAACACGUGCGAAGGAGAACAGGGGUAAUGCGGGAGAAAGAAGUUGGGUA